CCGUGCCGGCAAAUUCCGCUGUCGCUCGCCUCGUAAUUAGGGAAUCAUUAUGCAACGUCAAUGCAACGUGGUGAGAUAAGAACUGAAAGGAACGACGUUGUGUCGCGAAAGAUAACGAACGUGCAUGAUGUGAACUGAACAAAGAAUCUCAGACGUACAAUCUCUGUGUCAUACGAUACGCUUAUAAAAACCUGCGAUCUUGCUUGCUAAGGGAAAUUGGAAAUAAUAUGAGAAUGAGGUUCGACGAAGGACUCUCGUCGCAUGCCUUUGCGAUCGCAUCACACGUUUGAGACUUGACAAUUACACGUUUCACGCGGGAUUGCACCGAGGCCUUCACUCCGGAGCCGGUCCAGUACACGUCCAAGUCGCCGCUGCCAUGAACGGAAGAGGAAUGAUAAGGUUAUCUAAGUGCCGUUUCGCGACCGCCUGCGAGGCAUUUCUGGAGGACUAUGCCAAGCACCAUGUAUCCCUAUCCCCCCUGCAGCGUGUGCUUCUCACGAUGGGCUCGGCGGCUAUAUCGUUGGCGAAUCCUUCUCGAGGCGACAUGAUAGCGUGUUUGGGGGAAACUACCGGUAGAAACGCUCUCAUGCAUUGUCAUCAACAAAUGAAGAAUACGAACGAGGGUCAACGUAUACUCGCGCAAAAGCCACGCAUAAAUACGUCCACCGUCGACCUUUCUUACCUUAAAGAUCUGCCGUCUGGGACUGUGGGCAGAACGUAUCGCGAUUUCUUGGAUGACAAUAAUGUGUCGCCCGAUGAUAGACCUAUAGUGCAAUUUGUCGAUGAUAUCGAGUUGGCCUAUGUGAUGCAACGAUAUCGAGAGGUGCACGAUAUUUUUCAUGCUAUGCUUCUAAUGCCGACGACGAUGCUAGGAGAGGUAGCAGUUAAAUGGGUAGAGGCUUUACAAAUGCAUUUGCCGAUGUGUAUAACUGGCGCAAUAUUUGGAGCUAGUCGACUACGUCCUAGACAGAGGCAAUUAUAUUUAGAUCAUUAUCUCUCAUGGUCUAUAAAUACUGGAUUGAAUGCGAAGUUCUUGCUAGGGAUAUAUUUCGAGGAGCGCUGGGAACAGUCUCUCGAGGAUUUUCAUAAAGAAAUGAAUAUCGUACGUCUUAUAUGA